AAUUUCGUCAGACAAAUGCCCAUCACGAGAAGUUACUUGAAGACAAGGCCAACCGUCUUCCUGGAAGGAGAGACCAUUGUUGGUGAUGGAACAACUGCCCAGUUAUGUGCAAUGCUCACUGGAAUCCCCGAGGAAGAACAGCCUGAAGCAAGACGUUCUAUGUUUAAAGCCAGGCCAGUUGACAGGUGGCGAUGGAUUUUCAACGAUUAUAAAAAACGUGGGUAUGUUACAAUGUACUCGGAAGACUCACCGGGUCUGGGAACAUUUAAUCUUCGAUUGAAGGGUUUUCGAAAUCCACCGACUGAUCACUAUGGAAGGCCUUUCUGGCUGGAGGCUGAUAAGCAUGCCCGCAAGGAUUACUGCUCCACCAACCAGCCCAUCCAUAAAGUAACAAUGAAGUAUUCUUUGAGCCUGUUCCGCAGUUAUCCUAACAACCCUAAAUUUGCCUUUCUGCUGUUUUCUGACCUGAGCCAUGGAAACAUGAAUGCUUUGAAAUACGCAGAUCAAGAUCUUACUGAUCUGCUGAAAACGAUGGAUAAAGAAUCAUAUUUAGAUGAAAGUAUUGUUUUCAUAUUUGGAGAUCAUGGUGUUCGUUAUGGAAGCAUGAGAAAAACUCUACAGGGAAAACUAGAGGAACGACUGCCACACAUGUCAAUCACUUUUCCCUCGUGGUUUCCUAAAAAGUAUCCACAACUGUACGAGAACGUGCAACGAAAUGCUAAGCUAUUGACCACACCCUUUGACAUAUAUGCCACUUUGCGACACGUUAUUUCAUAUCCCGUUCCUCCAAGAGAUCUAAGAUUUGGACAAAGCCUUUUUAUACCAAUGGACCCACAAAAUCGUACAUGCGCUAGUGCUGGAGUUGAAGAACACUGGUGCCCGUGUUUGAACCUAGAAAGAGUCCCUGUGGAUAGCUCAAUAGUAAAACAAGUUGUGAACUAUGUAGUGAAUUUUAUAAACAGCUUACUAGAGGAGAGAAAAAAGCCGAAAAGAGUUUGCCACAGGCUUUCUUUAAAGGAGAUCAAAACAGCUCAAAUGGAAUUGCCAAAUAAAAAAGUCCAACGAUUUAAGAAUUCUCUUGCUAACCGAAAGUGCGAUUCAUGUGGAGUAGUUCUUGGUCAAAAGGAUGAAAACAACUUAAUCAAAGAUACUCUUUAUCAAAUUCAAUUCCUCACAUCACCGAAUGAUGGCUUUUAUGAGGCAAGUGUUCAACUUAAAGGUGGAGUCCCCAGCAUCAAAGGAGCAAUAAGUCGUGUAGAUACGUAUGGAGAUCAACCACGGUGUAUUCAAGACACUCAUGUACAUCUUAUGAAAUUUUGCUAUUGUAGAUAAUCGUAAUAAUUAAUCAAUGAGCAUGCGCAGUAAGAUUGACAGGACUCUUGGUCGAAAGUGCGCGCGCACUGACUAAAGAUUAUUUUUCAAGCACAUUAUUUGAAGAGAAAAAAAAGGCCGUGAAAACGCUUUUUGUCAAGCCAGAGACGGCGCACGCUAUAAAAUUAGGACAGUUUUUACGGAAUUCAAUAUUUAUAUUUAUGUGGAUAAAAGCAAGCAUUAUCAGUUUAUAAAGUGAAAAAAGUCUCGCUUCUGCGAGAGCGUUUAAGGUUUCAUUCUAUAUAUUAAACCAAAACCAUGAACAAUAACCUGACUAUUGAAAAUUCUUAUUCUCAUCUGGAACUAUUCUUUAAAUAGAAACAUUUUAAAGCCUUAUAAUUUUACGCAAAUUUUA